AUCCCUUUUUUUCAGUUUUCUUGGUCUUGAAGGUUACUCCAGUACAGGGCUCCUAAACAGUUAUGUGCUAUUUUUAACUCACCUACUUUCAUUUCAUUGGUUGGUUUUCACGUGACGCGCUUGCGCACCGGCAUGUUGACCUACAGCGUAAUGUCUGGAAAAUUCAGAACACAGGAAGGACGUUGUCAGAAGUCAGCGCGUUAUCCUGCUUGCUGUUUACCAGAUCUUUUUCGGCCGAUUGUGUUCAAAACUAAGAGGUAGCAAAAUGCCGUUAACAAAUAAUUUACUGGCCGCCUACAUGGGGAUGCCAGGGAGCCAGUCUAGUAAAACAGUGCAAUUUGGCAAGAAAUACAUGGACGUACCUGUAGAUCAGCAGGCAAUCGUCAUAGCAGACUACAUCCACAAACGUCAAGUUCUCGGAGAAAAGGAGCCCCCACCAGACCAAGUUUGUGAAACCAUGGCAUAUCUUGUGGAGGAAUUUCUGCGGGGUAAUUCGAAGUCUAUAUCAGCAAUCACAGAUGUCCUUAAAGAUACAAAUCAGAAAGGGAAGUCUCACGAACAAGUGAUAACAAGGAUUUUUGACUCCAUGUUUUCUGAUGGCAUAGUAAACUGGGGAAGAAUUGGAGCAGCUUAUGCCUUUGGGGUGAAAUACUGUUUGAAGAAAUCUACAGACAUCAAUGGCAACAGACAGGGAUUACCGGAUGAGAGGAUACUUCGGUGUGUAGGAAAAUAUGUGGGUGAGAAGCUGGGGACUUGGAUCGAGAAACAGGGUGGAUGGGACUCUGUAGUUGGACUUUUCCCAAACCAGGAAGCUGUGCUAAAGCGUUUUCGUUCUCUCGGAUAUCUGUGUCUCACCGUUGGGUUAGGAUCACUGCUGAAUGCCCUGUCUUCGUGAUAUCAUUGGAUGAUGUUAUGUUACGACUGUGAUAUUCUGUCGCCUGACUGAGUCAUACAAGCAAGUCCUGCUCUGCUUAGUCAGUUAAGGGGCUUGAAACUACCGGGCCCGAGGAUUGCUAAUGGAUUGUUGAGUGUUGCUCAGUUGCUUCAGCAAGACACCAGUCCUACGUGAGAAGCUGGAUGGCCUGGGUAAUAAUGGAUUCUGCUAUAGCUGUGAUCUGAAAGUGCCCACUCAUACCACUCUUCAGCACCUCAUUGCAAUGAAUCUGAGUGACAAUAGACUCUUCAUCAUUCAUUGAAUUUACACAGUGUGUAAUUUCAUGAGGUUUUCGAAAUGCAAUUUUGAAAGCUGAGGGAAAGUCUGUAGUGGUCAAUUUGUGACACUUUUGGCAGUUGUAAGCCUUAAACCGGCAUAAUUGGGAAAUGUAAAGUUUGAAGAAUCUGCUAUUCACAGUGAAAAUCUGAGUUUUCCCGCCAUGUGGCCUAGGAAUAGUUUCAGCAGAUUGAUAAACUUUAUUUAUCCUGGCCUAAUUAAGUCAGAUUAUGAUGUCCUGCAAGGAUAGAAAGUCAAAAAUAUCACAUUAUUAUCCAUUAUAGUUAUUACUUCAUAUUAAACUUUUGUAUCACAAUCCACUAUAUUUCUCAAUCUAAGUUGCAGAAUGAGAAGUGGAAAGGGUUUAUAUACUUCGGCUGUCACCAUAGUUCAGCUUCUCUGUUUUAAUCAUAAUAUCUUGUUGAAUUAUCACAGUUGCUUGUAUUGCACCAAAAUGACUCUACUAGUUUGCCUGGGACAAGUAUGCAUGUUAGAUAAUGCAUGUUGAAUUUAUUACACUUUGCAUUAACUAAAGUCACAUUAUUACUGUAACAUCAUUUUAACCUAAUUUAUGAACUGAAUUAAUGGUUGGGCUCAAAGUAAAAGUAAAAGUUAGACGGUAGCCAAAACUACAUCUAAUUUCCUGUGACUAAUGGUAAUAUUGUGACCAAAUUAGUACAGUUUCUGUAAUGAAAUCCAGCCUAAGUAAAAAUUGUUUUCUAACAGUAGAUUGGUUAUUUUGCAUUUCAAACAUUUGUUGAUUAUUUGCUCACAACAAAUUGGCUUAUAAUUCUGCUGUCAUUGUGAAUGAAGUUAGAACUAUUAUGGAAUUCUGGUUUAUUUCAAUUUCUCAGUGGCUGUGUCAGUGUUCUUUGUGAACUGUCUUUAGUCCACUCGAGAACAAUAAGGCAUCUUAAGUUUGUCUCAGAACUGACCCUGUAUAAACUUCAGCUGAAUUAGUGCAUGGUUCUUCACCUUUGUUUUAGUGUAUAAUACUUACAAUAGAUAAUAAUCAUGCUUUUCCACUGUGAUUGACAGAAUCCAAAACAUACAAGACACUGAUCUGAAGAGACCACCACCAUUAAAUGGAAAAGUCUUUGGUGGCAUUCUAAUAAAGGCUUUUUAAUAUGACCUUGAGUAAUACAUA